AUUUAUUUCGGAAUGGUAUCACUACGUAUAUUAUUGCUGUAGUCUUUUUAUCACUUCAUUAGACAAGACAAGUCAACAUACUCAUUCUCAUUGUUAUUUUCGUGCCACAAAAUAGCUGUUGUGUAACUGUCUUGUUGUAAUUAUUACUGUCAAGUAUAUUAUUUUCGUUGAUCCGAAUAUACCAAAAUGAGUUAUCCAGGAUACCCACAGGGUGGUAAAACCUAUCCCCAACAACAAUAUUCAGGAGGGGGAGCACCUUAUCCUUCCACGAACGCUCCUCCAGGAGGAGGAGUAUUUCCGCCAAGUGUGGGGUUUAGCGUAAAUUCCCCAAUAUACAUGCCGCAACCUUAUCCUACCGCUGGUGCAGGUUAUCCCUCCCAGGGAGGUACUGGAUAUCCUCCUCAAGGAGGAGCAGGAUUCCCUCCAAGUGGAGGAGCAGGAUUACCUCCAAGAGGGGGAGCAGGAUACCCUCCAAGUGGAGGAGCAGGGUAUCCUCCUCAAGGAGGUGCUGGCUACCCUCCUAGUGGAGCAUCAGGGUAUCCUGGUCAAAAAGGAGCAGGUUACCCUUCAAGUGGAGGUUCGGCCUAUCCUCCCCAAAGCGCUUCUGCGUAUCCCUCUCAUGGAGGAUCGAGCUACCCACCUCAACCGAGUGCUGGUUAUCCUUCUUCUACUGGGAAAACCUAUCCACCGGCUCCCAUCGGGGGAGCACCCCAUUCCGCUUCUCCUUAUCCUUCUGGAGGUGCUUCCCCGUAUGGAGGUCAACAUCAUCAAGGAGGUCAAUAUCCUCAGGGUCAUCAUUCACCCAGCGGACACUCCCAUCACUAUCCAAACACUGGUCACCACGUUGCACCAUUUCAUAAGGGAACCCCCACUUUGGUACCAGCACAUCAUGCCAACCCAAGGGAAGAUGCAGAAAUUCUCAGAAAAGCAAUGAAAGGAUUCGGAACAGACGAGAAAGCCAUCAUAAACGUUUUAACGAAAAGAACUAACGCUCAACGGCUACCAAUCAUCGUAGAGUUCAAAACAAUGUACGGAAAGGACUUGAUCGAAGACCUGAAGAGCGAACUAAGUGGAAAUUUCGAAAAUGUUAUCGUAGCUAUGAUGACGCCCUUGCCACAAUAUUAUGCCAAAGAGUUGCACAGAGCUAUCUCUGGCAUUGGAACCGAUGAAGACAUCCUGAUAGAGGUUAUGUGCACCUUGUCGAACAAUGAGAUCAGAACUAUUAGACAGGCAUACCAACAUCAUUAUGGAAGUUCUCUCGAAAGUGACCUGAAAGGCGACAGCUCUGGAACAUUCAAACGUCUCUUAGUAUCUCUUUGCGCAGCCGGCAGAGAUGAAAGCAUGGUUACAGAUAUUCAUCAGGCUCGUUAUGAUGCCCAACAAUUAUUGAGAGCAGGAGAGCUACAGUUAGGUACCGACGAAUCCACAUUCAAUAUGAUAUUAUGCCAACGAAACUAUGCUCAACUAAAGCUUAUUUUCGAAGAAUACCAGAACUUGACUGGUCAUGACAUUGAAAAAGCGGUCAAGAACGAAUUUUCUGGAAGCUCCGAGGACUGCAUGCUCGGUAUUAUACGAGCAAUUAAGAAUAAACCAGCCUUUUUCGCAAAAUGUUUACACAAAUACAUGGAAGGAAUAGGAACAGAAGAUAAGAACUUAAUUAGGGUUAUAGUUACAAGAUGUGAAAUUGAUAUGGUAGAAAUCAAAAGAGAAUUCCACUCAAAGUAUGGAAAAUCUUUGAAGGAUGCAAUAAGGGAUGAAUGUUCAGGAGACUACAAAAGAUGUCUUUAUGCUCUCAUUGGUGAACCUUGAUUCCAUACUACAUUCGACUGUGAUUAAGAAAAGUGUUUGAUCCAUAUAAUUUGGCUUGCGAAAGUUUUAUUAAGGUAUUAACUAUUACUCAAAGUGUCAAAUUAAUUCCUCUUACCUACAGAAAUAUUUUUAGUCGUUAUAUUAAUUGUUGUUAUGUUUUCAAAUGUCUCAAUGUGUAUUUCUAUUCAAUAUUAUAUUAUUAUUGAAAAUCUAUCUACAAUGAAAAAAUAACCUAUUUAUGUAAAUUUCAUAGUUUUUAUACAAAAUACAUAAUUAAAGUAUAAUAAAUUCUCCAUGUGUCA